AUGCCACCCCAAACUCACGAAUCCAACGAAACAACGCCGGCAAACAAGGGCGGCAAAUUUAGCUUUGCUUUCAAGUCAAAGGCUGCACCUUCUCCCGCCCCAAAGCCAGUACCUGACCUUGCCCAGAGGAUGUUGCAGGUCCGCGAACCGGCCCCCCGUGCACCGGAACCACCCCAACAACCUCGCAAUCGGUUCACCAAUGGGCCAUUGCCCAGAUUUAAGCCAGACUCAAGGGCUGAUCGCCGUGACCGAGAUCGUGGACGAAAUCGGGAUCGAGACCGCAGAGAUUUCCGAGAACCACGAGAAUUCCGUGAUCCACGGGACCGCAGAGAUGAUCGCCGGUUCGAUCAACGUCGUGAUCGGCGGCAAGGCGAACGGCCACCGGACAGGCCCUCAGACUGGCCAGAUCGUCGCCGUGACCCUUCUCCGGAACCGCCAAGAGAACCAUCACCACCCAAGCAAAAGCGGAUUCUUACCCGUCCUAAACCACGUCCCACAAUUCCCGCUGAGUUCGCUAAUGCCGAAUCUGUGUACUACCGAAAGCCAGGAAAUGAGUCUGUGAUCGGCGCUGGGACAUAUGGAAAAGUGUUCAAAGGAAUCCACGUCUAUACCCAACGUAAAGUUGCAUUGAAGAAGAUCCGAAUGGAAGGUGAGAAGGAUGGCUUCCCUGUCACGGCUGUCAGAGAGAUCAAGCUGCUUCAACAUCUUCGCAACCAUAAUGUCGUCAGCCUCCUGGAGGUCAUGGUUGAAAAAAACGAAUGUUUCAUGGUCUUUGAAUACCUUUCUCACGAUUUGACCGGUCUGAUCAAUCAUCCCACUUUCUCUCUGACUCUGUCACAUAAGAAGGAUCUGGCGAAGCAAAUGUUCGAAGGUCUCAAUUACCUUCACCAUCGAGGAGUUCUACAUCGCGACAUUAAAGCAGCCAAUAUAUUGAUCAGCAACCGUGGAUUGUUGAAGUUUGCCGACUUUGGCCUGGCCCGGUUCUUCUCCAAAAGUCGUCAACUUGACUACACCAACCGUGUCAUCACCAUCUGGUACCGGCCGCCGGAACUCCUCCUGGGUGAAACCCGAUAUGGCCCCGCUGUCGACGUGUGGAGCGCCGCUUGCGUUUGCAUGGAGAUGUUCACCAAAAAGGCUGUUUUCCCCGGUGAAGGUGGCGAAUUGAGCCAGAUAGACAAAAUAUACAAUGCUUUGGGUACCCCUACCAAGACUGAGUGGCCGGACCUUGUGGAGAUGCCCUGGUUCCACCUGAUGCGACCCACAGAACGAAGGAAGCGUGUUUUUGAGGACGUAUACUGCGAUGUGCUGACAACCGGUGCGAUGGAUCUUAUAUCCUCGAUCUUUCGCUACGACCCUUCAAAGCGGCCGAGUGCGGAGGAUGUCCUUAAACAUCCAUACUUUGUAUCGGAGGAACCAACCCCUCAUCCGCCGAUUGAAUUGGAGCACGUUGAAGGCGACUGGCACGAGUUUGAAUCUAAGGCGCUCCGUAAGGAAGCUCGGCGCGUCGAGUAUCAGAACCAAAAGGAUCGCGACAAGCGCAAGGCCGACACAUCGGUGCCCAGCAGCGAUCGGGAUUCCAAACGAACCAAGCAGGAUUCAAGUGAUCGUGUCUCUGCGCAGUGA